AUGGCUCGUCACCUUUCUCGGCAGCUCGUCAACACCGACGACGAUGCGCCUAUUGAAAGGUUCUUCCCGCAUGGUCCGUCUGGCCUCGUUUCUCCAGCCCCUUCGACACCGCGUCACAAUAGCAACAACCAAACGCCAAUCGCUCCCUGCUGUUCCGGUGGCGGCCAUCAUGGCUGCGGCUGUGGCUGCCCGGGGUGCUGGUGCCGACUACGAAUGCAUUUCAAGGACGAAGCGAACCGCGAGGUCUAUGGGGGUCAGGGGGGCCGUGGUCAUGGCUAUCGUUCAGGCAUGCCCAGUCCCGGCAUUGGCGGCCUUGACCGAGCCUCUUCCUCGUCCUUCGAAUCCUCCUCGCCGCACUCCUCGAGCAAUGGAAGCUUCGACAAUAGUUUCGAGGCGUCAGCCCCGCUUGAUGGGCAUCACCCUGCUGCCGCUGCUGCCGUCUCUGCCGCCGCCGCUUCUGUGAACACCCACGACGCACAGCUUAUUCUGGAGCCGGACGAGGACGGACCUCACCCCUGGCAUUCGUUCGUCGAGCGCCGCACCGCCAGCAGCAGCCUCGACCACAUAGGCGACUCUUCCGGCAUGAUCGUACCUGGCCUCAAUGACGACUCUGCCCUGACACGCGGGUCUCGCUCCAGCGUCGCCGAUCGCUCUACCCUGUCGAGCCAGUACGAACCGUCGUUCAUGCCACAGCAGAACAGCGCCACCGCCAGCCAGAUCGUCGCACAGGCCGGGGCUGCUUUCGACGAAGUCCCUGCCUCUUCGUCGUCUCUUCACGUUGACUCCUGCGCCUCACCCCCAAUUGACUGA